CCGUCGGGCGGCGCGGCGGGCCCGGGGUCUGCUGGCGGAGACAUUUGCGAGGCGAGUGUCUCCAAGAUGGCGGCGUGGGGAAGGAGGCGCGCUGGCCCCGGCAGCACCAACAGCGGCGGCGGCCGGGAGAGGGUCACCUUGUCCUCCACGGACUGUUACAUCGUGCAUGAGAUCUACAAUGGCGAGAAUGCUCAGGACCAGUUUGAGUAUGAGCUGGAGCAGGCGCUGGAAGCGCAGUACAAGUACAUAGUGAUAGAGCCCACUCGCAUUGGGGAUGAGACGGCCCGCUGGAUCACCGUCGGGAACUGCCUGCACAAGACGGCCGUGUUAGCGGGCACCACUUGUCUCUUCACCCCUCUGGCACUUCCAGUAGAUUAUUCUCACUACAUCUCCCUGCCUGCUGGUGUGCUGAGCGUGGCUUGCUGCACCCUUUAUGGUAUCUCCUGGCAAUUUGAUCCCUGCUGCAAGUACCAAGUAGAGUACGAUGCCUAUAAACUUUCCCGCCUGCCCCUGCAUACGCUCACCUCCUCCACUCCGGUGGUGCUGGUGAGGAAGGACGACCUGCACAGAAAGAGACUGCAUAACACGAUAGCACUCGCUGCCCUGGUGUACUGUGUAAAGAAGAUCUAUGAACUCUAUGCUGUAUGACUGGAGCAGGGAAGAGAGAAACCCACAAAGACAAGCGUAUUAAGACUCCCACAGUAACAUUUUGUUUUUCCUCUUUGAGAAGCAGUGGAGACUGGGAAGGAUUUGGUUUAAUAGAGCUGUUAUUUUUAAAAUAACACAUCACUGGUGCACCAAGGUUUUUCAGUUCUUCGUUACACUUAAGAUGUGGAUGUGUGGUGACUUGAGAGCUGUAUGUUAGGCCAUGGGAGUCCAAGCCAGCAGCGGAAUGUCAAUGAAAGCAAGCUAUAGAAAGAGGGGGUGUGAGAGCUGCUUUUUUUUUUUUUCUGAGACCUUUAAGUAUAUUGUUUAAUUGUAUUACACAGAACCAGCCAGAAGUUAUCAUUGACCAUUAAAGGAUGAGAAUUUCAAAUGC